CUUUUUAAAAAACUGAUAAUAUACAAUGGUAUUCAUUUUCAAUUAUCUUCUUUAUGUUAGAGACGCACAUAUAAAUAUAAUAUUAUAUUAAUAUUAAUAUCAUAAAGGAGUCUUGUUUUAAUGAUUACUAAAGUUGAACGAACGAAAAGCUAUACCGUGUAUGUAAAUAUUAUCUUUUAAAUUUUUUACAUCUGCAGAUGUAUCAAGGUAAAGCUCUUAACAAAAUGAUAAAAAUAAUUUCCGAUCGGAAUCAAUUAAAAGAUUAUGAACCGGAUAUAGUAAUGACCCUUAUGAUUAAAAUACUUUUUUAUUAUGGAGAAAUAUCUAAAGCAAAUGUGUGUAAAUGGAAACGUCGACGAAAAAUGCGAUUUGUAAAAAAUUGUUAUCGUUCUUUGUUGAAAUUAUAUGUUCCUGCAAAAACGAAACAAAUUGUAUAUGCUGUUAUCAAUACAAUUAAUGAAGAUAAAUUGUGGAAAUUCGAAACUUUUUGUCUGGAGAUAACAAAUAUCUUAUUGGAACAUGGUGUUAAUGGUUCAAUAGUCGUUCAUACAAUCUGUGACUUAGUAGAAUCAAAUAGAAUAAAUACGAAUGUGUAUGACAACAGAGCUAUUAUCAAAAUUCUAUAUGAAAUAUUAGAUACUUAUAAAUGGCCUGAAAGUAAUGACACAGUAACUGCGAUAGAAAGACUUUUAAACUUAUUUUAUAAAACUUUAAAAAAUACAAAUGCAUAUGAUACAUUAAUUUCUUGUAAAAAACUGAAAAAAGGUUUAGAAAUAUGUCUCAGAAACAUGAUUAAACAUUUAUCCAAUGAUCAACUUCUCAUCAUUAUACAUCAUAUGUGCUCAUGGACUAUGCAAAAAAAUAUGAAUGAUAAUAUUAUAUUGGAAUUUGGUGGUAUUUUAGAAUAUACAGCUUAUAUGCAUCAAGCGACUCUGUAUGAAAAAACUUUAACGCCAACAAUAUUUUCACUAUUGAUGCAAAUGAUAGCAUCGAAUAGUAAAAUAGUCAGUUUAUUAGGUAAUAGAGUUAUGCAAUAUUUGAUUGAUCGGAAUGGAAAUAGAUUACAUUUUGAUACUCCUAAAAUUUUCUUUGAAAAUAUAGACUUCGGUUUAAAAUUUAGCAAUUGUUACAACGAAGAUAAAAUAUUCUUUAAAGUUCAUCGUGAAAUUCUACACGAUAGUUUACUUAAAAGUAUAUUGAAUCAUCGUACAUCCCGCAUGAAUUUAGAAACUAGUUAUUGCACAAUGUGUAUCAUAGCAAUUGAAGUACCUUGCAGUUUCAUGGCUGCAGCAUUAGUUUGUUUAACUAUGAACUUACAAGAUUUAAUUUUACAAGAAAAUAAUCUUCAUAGCAUAGCAGAUCAUCAUAUACAUGCUGUAGUUAUAUCAAUUAUGUCUCUUUUAUGUUGGAUUCAUAAUGCUAAAGUAUUUUAUGAAUACGUCAACAAAAUUAUGAUGGAAAGAGCACAAUGGGCUCCGCAUUUAAAUCCACCAAUUAAAUCUCAAUAUAAUUUUGUAGUACAUCAUAUUUUCUGGUACAAACCAGAAUUAUUUUUCAUUGAUUGGGAAACUCGAUAUGGCUUAUGGAAAUGUUUUCGUUUACAAAAUUAUCAGAAUAAUAACCUCAAAAACAGUGAUUAAUAAAAUACUAAUGUGUAUUAUUUUUUACAAUAUAUAAAUAUAAUUGUGUGUGUGUGCAGCGCGUUAAUUUAUUAUAUAAAACAAUUAAAAAGAAAUACAAAAUUUGCCACAGUACAUGUUUUAUAUAUAUAUAUAUAUUAUAAAACUUCUCUUCUUUUAUAAACAGUUAAGUUUGAUGUCCAGAAAUAUAAAAAUGUAUAACAUUAACGACAAUGACAAUUCAAUAAUAAUAUUAUUAAAAAAUAAUGUUAAUUAUUUCUAUUCAUGCAUGCAAAUUUUGAACUACAGUGAGUGUCAUUUAAAAUCGUACAUCAUUACGCUUAUUAAAUUUUUGAACAUUGUAAAUGCAGUCAUCACUGGCUAGGAACGUUAAAUACAUGUAUUUUGGUUUAAAUAAUUCAACACACCUUAAUUGAUUGUUAAUUAAUCGAAGGAAAUAUAUAUUGUAAUUUAAAAAUAUGGAUGUACCGUUCAAUGAACCGUCUUCUUCGAAAUCCCCCGUUAGACUAGCUCGUUGUCCCCUAUGUAAGUUCUUUUAUUGAUUAUUGUUUAUAUUAUUUCCCCCGAAGGCUAUAUACGUAUAACGUAAAUAAUAUUCCUAAUAAAUAAAAUUUACUCUUCUGAAAGUCAUAUAAAUAACAAUCAAUAAAAGAAUUUACAUAGAGGACAACGAGUUAGUCUAACGGGGGAUUUCAAAGAGGAUGGUGUAUCGAACAGUAGAUCCAUGCUUUUAAACAACAAUAUACAUUUUCUUCGAUUAAUUAACAAUCAUUUGAGGUGUGUUGAAUUAUUUAAACCAAAAUACAUGUAUUUAACGUUCCUAACCAGUGAUGACUGCAUUAACAACGUUCAAAAAUCUAAUAAGCGUAAUGGUGUACGAUUUUAAAUGACACUUACUGUAUUAUUCGACUUGACAAAUAAAGUGGUUUCUACUAUUCUAAG